AUGGCUACCGCCGGGAGGACGUACAAUGACGCCGUCGACGCGCUCAACACCCUCCAAACCCCCUUCGCGGUAAUCGAAGCCCGCCGCAAGGCGGGCAUCCGCCCCGACGAAGCCUCCGUCGCCGAAAUGCGAGCGUACCUCGCGCGCGUGGGCUACUCCGUCUCCGACCUCGACAGCCUCAACGUGAUCCACGUCGCGGGGACAAAGGGGAAAGGAAGCACCUGCGCCUUCACCGACUCCAUCCUCGCGCGGCACCGCGCCGCUUCGCCGAGGUCGAUACCGCGCAAGGUCGGGUUGUUGAUCUCGCCGCAUUUGAUUGCGGUUAGGGAGCGGAUACGGAUCAACGGCGUGCCGAUAUCUGAGGCGCUGUUUGCGCGGUAUUUCUUCGAGGUGUGGGAUCGGUUGGGGGAGGAGAAUGAGGUGCUAGAAGAGGUUGUUGCGGUGGGGACGAGGCCGAUAUAUUCGCGGUAUCUGACGCUGGUUAGUUUCCAUGCUUUCCUGAGCGAGGGGUGCGAUGUUGCUAUUUUGGAGACGGGGAUCGGAGGGGAGUAUGAUGCUACGAAUCUUGUGGGACGGCCUGUCGCGACGGGGAUUACGACGUUGGGGAUCGAUCACGUUUUUGCGCUGGGGGAUACGGUGGAGAAGAUUGCGUGGCAUAAGGGCGGGAUUAUGAAGGCUGGGAGUAAGGGGUUUACUGUUGAGCAGGUUGCUGGGGCGGCGGGGGUGUUGGAGGAGCGGGCGAGGGAGAAGGGGGUCGAGAUGGAGGUUGUUGGUGUUGAUCCGCGGCUUGAGGGCGUCAAGAUCCGUCCUGAUGCGGUUUUCCAGAAGAGGAAUGCGAGUUUGGCGGUGCGGCUUGCGGAGACUGCGCUGGAGAGGGUCGAUCCAGAGUUCAGGAGGGACCCGGAGAUGUUGUCGGCGCCGUUUGUGGAGGGAUUGGAGGGGGUUGUUUGGAGGGGGCGGUGUGAGGUGAAGGAGGAGGGCGCUGUUGCGUGGUACGUUGACGGGGCGCAUACGACGGAUAGUCUGAGGAUGGCGGCGCGGUGGUAUGUGGACGAGAGUGCGAGCAGGGGGAAGAAGGGGCCGAGGGCGUUGGUGUUUAAUCAGCAGGGCCGGACGGAGGCGAUUGACUUUUUGGAUGGCAUGUACGAGGCUAUCAAGAGGGUGGAUGGGAGGGCGUUUGAGAGCGUGGUGUUUUGUACGAACGUUACGUAUGCCCAGACUGGGUAUAAGCGAGACUUCGUCAACCACCAGUACGACGCCAAAGCCAUCGAGGCCAUGACGGUGCAGAGGCAGUUCGCGGAGCGCUGGUCCAAGCUGGAUCCCCACGCCGACGUGCGCGUGAUACCGACUAUCGAAGAGGCCUUGAACCACGUCCGGAGCGUCGGCGAGGGCCUGCCGGAGGGCGAGAGUGUACAGGCUCUUGUCACGGGCAGUCUGCAUCUUGUUGGUGGCGCGCUGGGGAUACUGGAGGGCGCGGAUGCUUUGUAG